GUCGACCUUCUAGAGAUGCAUGCUGGCGAUCUUCGACCAAUUGGUCGGAGAGAUCAUGGAAGUCUUCAUGGAUGACUUCUCGGUUUAUGGAGACUCCUUCACUCAUUGUCUCCAUAACUUGGAACUCAUUCUGAAGAGGUGCGAGAAGACUAAUCUGGCACUCAGCUGGGAGAAGUGCCAUUUUAUGGUUUGUGACGGGAUUGUGCUCGGGCACAAGAUCUCCAAGCAGGGGAUUGAGGUAGAUCGGACGAAGAUUGAGACGAUGAGUAAGCUACCUCCUCCCAUUUAUGUGAAGGGAAUUCACAGCUUUCUGGGUCAUGCAGGCUUCUACCGGCGCUUCAGUAAAGAUUUCUCAAAGAUUGCCCUCCCUCUGACCAAGCUGCUGGAGAAGGAUGCACCAUUCCAGUUCACUACUGAGUGCACAAUUGCAUUCGUAACCGUAGAUCAAAAUCAUUAAGGGUAGAUUGGUUAUAAGAGAGUUAAUCGAUUUACUGCUUUGUACUGGAAUCCAAUUCCAGUAGUGGAGUUCUGUGCUUAUCGCCUCAGCAGUCUAUCCCGGUGAAGGCUAGUCGCCUGCCGGUUAGUCUGCCUAAGAGGGCUUGGUCAGCUUAGAGAUUCCAUGCUACUGUCGGAUCUUCCGCCGUUUAAUCAACUGUUAAUCAACCC